AAAAACAGUACUGUCACUUUAAAAAUGGGACAUCUGGUCAUCCUAGCAUUGGGGCCAUUGUUAUGUCAAUGGAAGCUGUGGGCUAUGUUAAACACAGCAGGUAUAUCCAUGGGAACAGGAAGAACCAGGAAAUGAAUGGCAUGAUACAGAUUCACAUCUGAGCUCAUAGGCCAAACUUGGAGAAGUGUUGAGACAAGUACUUCAAAAUGGUGGCAGACGGACUGGAGUGCCAAACUCUACAGCUGCAAGAAAGAACUCAGAGAACUGUGAGAAAGAUGCCACUUUGGAGCUGGGAAUAGGAUACGGCUCUCCAUGAAACGAUGGAAAUCUAGUCUUCCUACCCUGCUUUCUUUAUUUAUUCUUUAUUCUGACAAUUUUCUACUCCCCUUUAUGUCAUAUUCAAAUAUGUACUACUUCAUACUAUUGGUCUUCUGGUUUAAUUGUUCUUCCAUUCGUUAUCUUUUCAUGUUACCAAAGGUUCAUCCCACAGCCAUCUCAUCCUUCACCAAGAAUUCGCCUUUUUCAUCUCUGCUGGGCUUCUUGCUGGGCUCACUCAGCUGCAUUGUCUUACAAGACCUCCCUUUCUUGUCUGCUCAUGGAUGGAGAGGUGGUUUCUGACAGCGUACAGGUUCCAAGACUUAACUCAAACCCUUUGUACAAAACAGCACUGCUUCCUUUCCCUCUCCGCCACCCCUCUCCUUAACCUAUCAGCAAAUCUGCUCUAGGCAGUCCUUUGACAAUCCUUUGAUGACAGCCACAUGUGCUACUGAUGCCACCCAUAAUCACCAGUUGGCUCACGCAAUGUUAAGAUGAAAGACAACUGAAGAGUGCAACACGCAUAUCACACCCUGUGAGACUGAAAUUCAUCCAAAGGAGGACUUACAAAGGCAAUCAAGUUUGUUUGGUAACUAAUUAGGACCUCUCCCACAAACAGCAUCUCAGAUCCUCCAGGCAGUCCUAGGAACUGUAUAAAAGUGCUCACGACUCAGCACUCUUCUAAACAUUUCUCCGGACUUCAUCUCCUCGGUGAUUCGGGUUUACCUCCACCCCAGAAAGAUGACUUUCUCCAGCCUGUGCUAUCCAGAAUGUGGGGUGGCCCGACCCAGUCCAGUUACUGGCAGUGCCAACGAGCCGUGCGUUAGGCAGUGCCCUGACUCUGAAGUGGUGAUCAGACCCUCACCGGUUGUCGUGACCCUCCCCGGACCAAUUCUCAGCAAUUUCCCUCAGCAGAGUGAAGUGGCAGCCGUAGGAGCACCUGUGGUCGGAGCUGGUUUCGGAGGCUCAUUCGGUUUGGGGGGAUUGUAUGGCUAUGGAGGCCAUUACGGAGGAUUGUAUGGUUUAGGGAGAUUAGGUGGUUACGGGGGCCAUUACGGUUAUGGGGGAUUAUUGGGCUAUGGGGGACACUGCGGUUACCCGGGUCUUUAUGGUUAUGGGGGAUUAUUGGGCUAUGGGGGACACUGCGGUUACCCAGGCCUUUAUGGUUAUGGGGGAUUAUGGGGAUACGGAGGAUAUGGCCGUAGGUAUCUUGGUGGAAACUGGGGGCCAUGUUAAACCCAGCAGGAACAUCCAUGGAAGAAGGAAAAAACAGGAAAUGACCAGCAAGAUACAGAUUCACCCCUUACCUUUUGCGCAGGGCUUUCACAGGUGCUGGGCAAACAGGGCUCCAGCUGAACUCAGUGGGAGCUGUGUGUGCUCAGCACCUUGGGCUGACAGCCAUGCUGCAUUUCUAAUGUUACACUUUAUGACUCUUUCUGCAAAUGCUUUCCCAUCCAUAUGCUGAUUCUUUUAUUUACAUGUGGACUCAUUCUGAAUUACACGCAGGCUGUUUACACUAACCCUGCAGUGUGAAGGAAACAAGGGCCUUAAGAUAGGCAUAAUUUAUAUUUAUUAUCACUUUAAGCCCUUUUAGGCACCACAUGUUCUGUCCUUUCCAUCAAUAUGUACCUUUAACGCCUCACUUUGACCUUUGCGUGGCAGAUGUCUAAUAAAGAAGCUGCGUAGUCCUCUGCUUCUAUUUUCCUUUGUCUCAUUUCCCACCAACUGGGGUAAAACAAGGAAUUUAAAAUACUUACAAUGGGGACUUGUUUGUCAAUCUCUGCAGCUGCAGCCAAAAGAACAUCUGAAAUACACCCCACUGAGGUCUGCGAUUUGUCAGAGCCCUUUUUGAAACACUGGAAAUUCAUUCUUUCUGCUCUGUAGUAUUUCUUUCUGUAACUGUGUAUUGCCAAUUUAAUUUGCAUUAAAACUCUGC